CGGAGGGAUGUUGAGCGGAGGGAAGAGAAAGGGAGGGGAAAAGUAAAAGCCAAAGGAUUCUGAAAACACAAGGAGCAGCAGAGUAUUGGAAAUUUCCCCGAGCUGUGAUCAAACCCUGUGAAGACCCUGAAAGAUGGGCAGCGCUCCAGUGUCUGUGCUGCUAUGCUGUUGUUUCUUUAUACUUGUUACCGUCCAGGCACAACAGAUUGAAAUAGAUGACUUUGACGCCACCGUUUUGCCUCCGCCAGACUGCAGAGAGGAAACUUACCCCUGCACCAGGAUGUACUCGGUUCAUCGACCCAUAAAGAGAUGCAUUCAUUCACUCUGUCUCUACAGUCUUCCUAGAGUUUAUGUGAUCAACAAGGAGAUCUGUGUGAGGACUGUGUGCCUGCAAGAUGAGAUCCUGAUGGCUGAAAUCUGCAGGGAGAAAUCAGGUUGGCCGAAACGCCAAAAGAGGACAACUAGGAGACGCUGUCGUCGUGGCAACCCAAAAACAUGGGCAAACAAAGCUUAAAGUGAGAUGGAAGGCAUGUUCAACCUUCAGCAAAAAAACUAAACAAACUAUAAAUCUGCAAACUGAAUCUCAAACUUUCAGUUUUCAGCAUUUAGCAUGAAACCAUGGUUCGAAAUUAAUUUUGUCACUCUUUAUCAUUGUAAAGCUUCAACUUGGAACUGAAAUAAGCUCGUCAGAAUGUCUCUGUGUUUUUAAAUAUUAUUUCACUAAAUCACAAAGGGCAUGGUAAUGUACAGCUCUGGCCCUGAAUGUUUAAAAUAACCACUAUGUGCUUUAUAUCCUUCUAUUUUACUGAAUAUGUCCACACCACUGUAAUUAAAAGUGCACAAAAGCAAAUAAAAAUGUUUAUAUUCUCA